AUUGGUAGCUGCUUAUCAGGUCUUUUCGUGCUGCAGAAAAGGAAGUAAGGUCGUUUGUGGGACGGUUAAAAUAAUGCAAUCGAACGUUUUAAGCCGCCUCUCCUCUACAUUAAAACCAACAUGUAUGCAACAUUGCAAAAGGAUGGCACCAUCCCUGUCAGCUCUGCAGAACAGGUUAUAUUCAAGUGGUCAAGAAGCAGAUGUUGUUGUCAUUGGCUCAGGUCCUGGUGGUUAUGUUGCUGCCAUUAAAGCAGCACAGCUUGGAUUGAAUACUGUAUGUAUUGAAAAGGAGGCUACACUUGGUGGUACCUGCCUUAAUGUUGGCUGUAUACCUUCUAAAGCAUUAUUAAACAAUUCACAUUAUUAUCACAUGGCCCAUUCUGAUGAUUUCAAGAAUAGAGGAAUUGAAGUUCCUCAGGUAUCUUUGAAUCUGGAGAAGUUCAUGGGUGCCAAAUUAGCAGCAGUUAAAGCACUGACUGGUGGCAUUGUGCAUUUGUUUAAGCAAAAUAAGGUUACUCUUGUGAAAGGCCAUGGAAAGAUAACAGGAACCAAUGAAGUUACAGCCUUAAAAAAGGAUGGAUCAAGUGAGGUGGUUAAAACUAAAAAUAUAGUAAUUGCAACUGGGUCAGAAGUUACACCUUUCCGAGGGAUAGAGAUUGAUGAGAAGACCAUAGUAUCAUCGACUGGUGCGCUUUCCUUGUCUGCUGUACCCAAGAAACUUGUUGUUAUUGGAGCUGGUGUUAUAGGCCUUGAAUUGGGUUCAGUAUGGGGCCGUUUGGGAGCAGAAGUGACAGCAGUUGAAUUUCUGAAUUCUAUUGGUGGAAUCGGUAUUGAUGGAGAAGUGUCCAAGACUUUUCAGCGAGUUCUAGGGAAGCAAGGGAUGAAAUUCAAGCUGGGUCAUAAGGUGACAGGUGCCCGCCAAGAAGGGAGCAGCAUCAAAGUUAGCGUAGAAAAUGCUAAGGACCCCUCAAAUAAAGAGGAGCUGGAUUGUGAUGUGUUGCUGGUAUGUGUGGGUCGACGACCAUACACUGUAAACCUUGGACUUGAAGAACUGGGUAUCGAACGUGAUGAAAAAGGUCGCAUUCCUGUAAAUUCUCGAUUCCAAACAGUAAUUCCCAAUAUCUAUGCUAUUGGAGACUGUAUUCAUGGACCAAUGUUGGCCCACAAAGCAGAAGAUGAGGGAAUUGUUUGUAUGGAAGGUAUUGCUGGGGGCCCAGUUCACAUCGACUAUAACUGUGUUCCGUCAGUUAUCUACACACAUCCUGAAGUUGCCUGGGUUGGACGCACAGAGGAAGAUCUGAAGAACGAUGGUGUUGAAUACAAAGUCGGCAAAUUUCCGUUUGCUGCAAACAGCAGAGCGAAGACCAACAAUGAUACUGAUGGAUUUGUGAAAGUCCUUGGUGAUAAAGUGACGGACAGGCUACUGGGAGCACACAUCAUUGGACCUUCGGCUGGUGAACUGAUAGCUGAAGCAGUGUUAGCCAUGGAGUAUGGUGCAUCAUGUGAAGAUAUUGCAAGGACCUGCCAUGCACAUCCUACAUGUUCAGAAGCUUUCAGAGAAGCAAACGUUGCAUCAGCCUUUGGAAAACCAAUUAAUUUUUAGGCUGAUGUAAAAUUUGAUAAGACUUUUAACUGCAGCACUUUCCAUUGGUUGAUUUUACUACCCUAUUUAUUCAAAGGGAUGUUAUGGUCAUUUUGUCUCAUGGAGAGACAGUUGUGGCUCAUGCAUCUCUUGAAGUAGUGGGUUUCAGUUGGGAUGGAUUUGUACAUUUAUCAGUCGUGUUGAAUUGAAGAUAUUCACAGUUUGAACAUGUAUUACAGCGGUCAUUGAUUUCUGGUGUCAGAAUAACAAACGUGAAGUCUGUAUAUUUUAAACACUUUGGAAAUAUGUUCUUCAGACAUAAAAAUUAAUUUAGACCCAGUAGAUUUACAAAGAUAUCUUGUAAGAAUUUAAGGGUCCAGUAAAAAAAUUGCAGAAGUAUGUGGUUCCACUUUAACAAACUUAUACAACACAACAAAGCAUGUUUGUUCAUUCUUAAAACAUGGCAUGGUUCCAUUUUCACUGUAACAGUAUAAAAUUAUUUGAGUCACACCAUUCAUUUGCCAGCAAAUUAAGGAAUAUUUUUAUGUAUGAAAUAGUUGAUAACUAAACUGGACAAAACUGGAGCCACCCCAUUUUUGCACCACACCCUUACUUUAUACAUUGAAAAUAAAUUAUAUAUGAAAUUUGUAUUGGAAAUGUGAAUUUUCAUGCUCAGAGUUGGUGACAGUGAAGACCAAAGCUAAGGACCAAAGUACUUGGGGCUAUGAGAAAUAAUUUUGGGGGAAAGAAGUGUUGUACAGCAUUAUACUUAUUUCCUGUCUCUGUAAAUAGAUAACAAAUUUUGUGAAAA